AUUUCACUGAGCGCGCUCGUACUGGGCAUUAUUGAAAUUAUCGACAGGCCUGUGUCGAUUGUGGACUGAGGUACGCAGAGUAGGGCUAAUCUUAUCAGUGCGCUGCUGUGGGUAGUUGGCUGAGGGGAGAACGGCAAGCAUCUCUCCACUUCAGUUGAAUUCCACGCUCUGAACGGGCGGCUUGCACAAUGCGACUGCUGCAGCUGCGGAUUGGGGGCCUAGCCCUCAUGACAUUAUUGCUGUCGGGGUGCCAGGCCUGGGCUGCCAGAAUAUUGGCCGUGUUCCCCUAUGAUAUGCACUCGCAGUGCAUGCUACUGACGCCCUACCUGCUGGCGCUGCUGGAGCGGGGUCAUCAGCUGACGAUGAUACACAACUUUAAGAACUGCGAAGUAGUCGAGCGGCUGCAUUCCAUACGCAUCAGCGAUCACUAUGACACAACGUUUGAAUACAGUUCCGAAUCAAUUACGGUAAAGUCCCGAUGGGUAGAGAUCGACUUCAUCAGAAAGUACUUCAUCAAGAUAAAUCUAAAUGUGCUCUCCACGCCCGCAGUGCAAGCGCUCCUCAGUUCCAAUGCCACCUACGAUCUGGUGCUCAUAGAGCCCUCAUACACGGAUGCCCUCUUCGGACUGGCGACACAUUUCAAUGCCAGUCUAGUUGGCCUGGCCACCUGUGGGUCGGAUUGGAACGUGGACACCUUGGUGGGCUACAUUCCCUCCUCCUCCCUUGAGCCCCUUAUGACCUUUAGCUUUAAGCGUGCCGUGACGCUGCUGGACCGCAUCAACAACUGGAUCCUCAUCGCGGAGGAGUGGCUGAUACACAAGCUCAUCUUUCUGCCAUCGAUGCGAGCAGUGCACGAGCAUUUCUUUGGCCACCUCAGCCAGGGAUUCAUGGAGAUACGCCAGAGCUUCUCGAUCGUGUUGCUGAAUCAGCACUUCAGCCUCUUCCCUGCGCGCUCGAAUGUGCCCAGCUUGGUCGAGGUGGGCGGCAUGCAUGUGCCAAAGGAGGUGGGAAGGCUGUCGACGGAGCUAUUCGAGUUUAUAGAAGGGGCGCAGCAUGGAGUGAUUAUCAUGUGCCUCGGCUUGGAGGUACAGAGCAGGCAUCUAUCGCCUGCGACCCAGGUACUGAUAGCCGAGGCUUUCCAGGCGCUGCCUCAGCGUGUCAUCUGGAAAUUCGAGGACGAUUCCUAUCCUGCGGUGAACAGCAGUAUCCACUUCAGCAAGUGGCUGCCACUCCAAGCCCUCCUCGCGCACCCCAACGUGCGUCUCCUGAUCAACCACGGUGGCAUGCUGAGCGUCUUGGAGGCGGCCCACUUCGGCAAGCCCGUGCUGGGUCUGCCCGUGUUCUUCGACCAGUUCCGCAACAUGGAGUGCCUGCGCCAGAGGGGCGUGGGCGAGCUGUUGGACAUCAACACCAUGACGAGACAAGAGUUUGUCAAAGCAAUCAAACAAAUCCUGGAGCAGCCCCAAUACAAACAGAAUGCGAUUCAGCUCUCGGAACGCAUACGGGAUCAGCCCUUGCAUCCACUGGACCUGGCUGUCUACUGGACGGAGUACGUGCUGCGGCACAAGGGCGCACCCUUUAUGCGCAUUUCCAGUUCCGACAUCAAGGUGCUGGACUACUACUGCCUGGACAAUCUCUUCGUAAUCGUUGGCCGCAUUUGCUUGCCCGUUUGCCUCCUGCUCUAUGUGCUGCACAAGAUAAUUAAAAACAGGCAGUAGCGAUAAUUAGGCAGCCAUAGAACGCAAGUAUGGUCACAUAUUCCAUUAUCUUAUCAGUGAAUGGCAAUUACGCUCUUUAAUCAAUGGAAAUGUUUGUGUGGAUAGGUGUCGACUGUAUAAGUGUUUAUUUGUGUAAGGUAUAUAGCAUAUUAUAAAGUAUUAUCUAUUGUAAAGUAUUAUCGAAAACUAGUCUUAGCAACAUAAUAAAAUAAAGAAUACAAUUCAAUAGAAAAC